AUGGAAGCCGUUAAGUUGCAACUCACAACUCACAUGGCCUCCAUCAGCACCUCGCAGUCCAUUCGCCUGUCCUCGGACAUCAUGAAGAAGAUGAAUGCCAUCGCUCGAAUUCCAGAGGUGAGUGCGGUCAUGAAGGACAUGCGAGAGCAGAUGGCUAUGUGUGCUGAUGCGGAGGACAGCAUCGAAGAUGCUCUCAGAGAUGAUGGCGAAGAGCGUGAGGCAGCCUUCCAAGUUCAGAAGGUUCUCGAGGACUUGAAACUGUGGAAUCAGCUGUGA